CCCUAUUUCCUUGAAUCCCCAAAUUUCCCUCUCUUUUUCCCUAUUCCCUCCCAAAACCCAAACAAGACAAAGGUUCUAAAAAAUCUCUCGAGAUGGAUUGGAUUCGCGGCGAGAAAUUGGGACACGGGAGUUUCGCGAUGGUGAGCCUCGCGGCGCCGAGAAGCCGCAAUUCUCCGCUUCCUCCAUUGAUGGCGGUGAAGUCUUGCGGCUUUUCCCUCUCUUCCUCUCUCACGAGAGAGAAACUCAUCCUCGAUGAACUCAGGGACUGCCCCGAGAUAAUCGCCUGCUUCGGCGAGAGCGUCUCGUACGAGAACGGCGAGAAAUUGCAAAAUUUGCUGCUGGAAUACGCUUGCGGCGGCUCUCUCGCCGACAAAUUGGACAAUUCCGCCGAUCGCCGGUUGCCGGAAUCUGAAGUCCGGCGAUGCACCAAAGCAUUGCUCAAGGGGCUCGAUUACAUCCACAAAUUGGGGUUUGUCCACUGCGAUAUCAAGCUCCAAAACAUUCUGUUAUGCGGAGACGGCGGAGAAGUGAAAAUCGCUGAUUUCGGGCUAGCCAAGCGGCAGGGGGAAUAUUCCGGCUUCGAAUUGAGGGGAACCCCUUUGUACAUGUCGCCGGAGAUGGUCGCCGGCGGCGAUCAGGGCCCGGCGGCGGAUAUCUGGGCGGUCGGCUGCGUGAUCGUGGAACUUUUAUCCGGAUCUCCGGCGUGGCACUGCUCCGAUUUGGGGGGAUUGCUGAUGCGAAUCGGCGGCGAGGUGCCGGAGAUGCCUUGUGAGUUGUCGGAGGAAGGGAGGGAUUUUAUUGGGAGGAUAUUUGUGAAGGAUGCGGGGGAGAGAUGGACGGCUGAGAUGCUUUUAAAUCAUCCGUUUGUUUGUGAUCAGGAUUUCGCGGGAGUGAAAGUGAGUGGUGCCACGUCGUCGCCGAGAGGGCCGUUGGAUUUCCCGGAUUGGGUGACGUGUUCAAUUGCGUCGCCGGAAUAUUCGCCGGAGAAUGGGUGUUGGUUUGGUGGUGAGAUGGGAAGUGGGGCGGCGGCGGAGAGGCUGCGGUGGCUGGUUUGUGAUCGGAGUCCGGAUUGGUGUGAUUCGCGUGAUUGGGUCACGAUUAGGUAGGUGAUGGGAUCUCAAUGUUUAGUUAGGAACAUAUUUUGUUAAAGAUUUAUUCCAAGUUGUAUAUGAUAGAAAAUAGAUUUGGGGUUAUGACUUCCAAGAUUUUGGAGUGUACAGUUGCAAAACAUAAUUAAAUCAAUUCAAUUAUUGAUUUUCUUUA